AUGGGAUUGUUUGGUGUUCAGAAUUUUGUGCAAUUCGGCCUUUUGGACUAUUUCAAAAGCAGACCUACCAAGUUGGAUAUGUGUCAAGUGUUUACCAUCAACGAAGAUGCAAGAAAAGUAGGGGUGAUGAUAUACUUCAUGCGCGUGCUAUCUCUUCAAAACCAAGAUCCCCAUAAACACUACACUCACCCGUGGGUAACAUCCUAUCCCCCCAUAUUUGUUCACAAGAGCCAAAACGUAAUAAUUCCAACACUCGUGGUGUUCCUGAUCCGGCAGAAUUCUAUACGCCUUCCCGAGACAACUGUGCAAGGACACGGCGGAAAGGGGGCUAUAUCAAUUCUUCCCUUAGUGUACCAUCAAUCCAAUCAUACAGUAUAUAGUCUGAGACACCAUGAAGACCCCCUUUGCCAUCUUAGCAGCGUUGGCCACGGCCACAACGGUAGUGGCCAGACCAUUCGCAACCAGCGGGACUGGGCUCAACAAGCACGCGAUGAUCGGCUCGCUGACAUACCUGAUGACUGGGACAUCAUUGAGUUAUCCUUUGGCGAGCCCACGUCUAUAACGUCAGGAGAUAUCAGAUUCACCAUGUGCCCCAAGACAGAAUGCCCCAAUGUCGAGAGCGAGGAGGAGUUCAAGGUUGCGAUUAAGGCUAAGCAAGCCAAGGGGAAGAAGGUUCUUCUUUCAAUUGGAGGGCAGAAUGGCCAGGUCCAACUCACCACGACUGGGGCACGGGAUAAAUUCGUCAGCUCUGUGGGGGGUAUCAUCGACCAGUACGGCCUUGACGGCCUGGACAUCGAUUUCGAGGGGCACUCCCUGUAUCUUGACCAGGGGGACACCGACUUCAAGAACCCCAAGACGCCCGUCAUCGUCAACCUGAUCGCUGCCCUGAAGGCCUUGAAGCAGAAGUACGGCAACUCCUUCGUCCUGACCAUGGCACCGGAGACCUUCUUCGUGCAGCUGGGCUAUAGUUUCUACGGGCCCUCAAGCGGCAACGACCCCAGAGCUGGAGCCUACCUGCCCGUCAUCCACGCCAUGCGUGACGACCUGACCGUUCUGCAGGUCCAGAACUACAACUCCGGCCCGAUAAUUGGUCUCGAUAACCAGUAUCACAACGUCGGCACUCCGGACUUCCUCGUCGCCAUGGCAGAUAUGCUCAAGGCCGGAUUCCCCGUGGCCAAGACAAACACCACUUUCCCACCGCUGAGAGAUGAUCAGAUUGCCAUUGGACUGCCCGCCACGGUGAAUGCAGGCAACGGGUUCGUCGACACCGAUGGCGUACAGAGCGCCCUAGACUGUUUGAUGACGGGCGAGUCCUGCGGCACAUACAAGCCUCGCGGGGGCAAGUCGCCAUCCUUUAGGGGUCUGAUGACCUGGUCCAUCAACUGGGACAAGUUCUCCGGCUGGCAAUUCAUGGACCCUCACCGCAAGUACCUCAACAGCUUCCCUUGA